AGGAAACUGUUUAACCGGAUCCCAUUGUACCCAGAGCGCAGAGCUGCCUUUCCAGCAUGCCCGGGCUGCUCAGGCUCUAGCCACGCCACGGACUAGAACAGCAUUCAGCCAUGGCCCCACGGAAGAGAGGCGGCCGGGGGAUUUCGUUCAUCUUUUGCUGUUUCCGGAACAAUGAUCACCCAGAAAUCACGUAUCGCCUGCGGAACAACAGCAGCUUUGCCCUGCAGACCAUGGAGCCGGCACUGCCCAUGCCCCCAGGGGAGGAGCUGGACGGCAUGUUCACUGAACUGGUGGAUGAACUUGACCUCACAGACAAACACCGGGAAGCCAUGUUUGCACUUCCAGCAGAGAAAAAAUGGCAAAUAUACUGUAGCAAGAAAAAGGACCAAGAAGAAAACAAGGGAGCUACAAGUUGGCCUGAAUUCUACAUCGAUCAGCUGAACUCCAUGGCUGCUAGAAAGUCUCUUCUGGCUUUAGAGAAGGAAGAGGAAGAAGAGAGAAGUAAGACCAUAGAGAGUUUGAAGACGGCACUCCGGACAAAACCCAUGAGGUUUGUAACAAGAUUCAUCGACUUGGACGGCCUGUCGUGCAUUCUCAACUUCCUGAAGACCAUGGACUAUGAGACCUCGGAGUCCCGGAUACAUACCUCUCUAAUCGGCUGUAUAAAGGCCCUAAUGAACAACUCUCAAGGCCGGGCUCAUGUGUUGGCUCAUUCUGAGAGUAUUAAUGUAAUUGCUCAGAGUCUGAGCACAGAGAACAUUAAAACAAAGGUGGCUGUGCUGGAAAUCUUGGGCGCCGUGUGCCUGGUUCCCGGGGGCCACAAGAAGGUUCUGCAGGCCAUGCUGCACUACCAAAAGUAUGCCAGCGAAAGGACCCGCUUCCAGACGUUGAUGAAUGACUUGGAUAAAAGUACUGGGCGGUAUCGAGAUGAAGUGAGCCUCAAGACUGCCAUCAUGUCUUUCAUCAAUGCAGUGCUAAGCCAAGGCGCAGGAGUGGAAAGUUUGGACUUUAGACUUCAUCUUCGUUAUGAAUUUCUGAUGUUAGGAAUUCAGCCUAUAAUAGAUAAAUUAAGAGAACAUGAAAACUCUACAUUAGACAGGCACUUAGACUUUUUUGAAAUGCUCCGAAAUGAAGACGAACUAGAAUUUGCCAAAAGAUUUGAACUGGUUCACAUCGACACAAAGAGUGCGACUCAGAUGUUUGAGCUGACCCGGAAGCGGCUGACGCACAGUGAAGCCUACCCUCACUUCAUGUCCAUCCUACACCACUGCCUCCAGAUGCCUUAUAAGAGAAGUGGAAACACUGUUCAGUACUGGCUACUACUCGACAGAAUUAUACAGCAAAUAGUUAUCCAGAACGACAAAGGGCAAGACCCCGACUCCACGCCUUUGGAAAACUUUAACAUUAAGAAUGUUGUACGAAUGUUGGUUAAUGAAAAUGAAGUCAAGCAGUGGAAAGAGCAAGCAGAAAAAAUGAGAAAAGAGCACAAUGAGCUGCAGCAGAAGCUGGAAAAGAAGGAGCGGGAGUGUGACGCCAAGACCCAGGAGAAGGAGGAGAUGAUGCAGACCCUGAACAAGAUGAAAGAGAAGCUUGAAAAGGAGACCACGGAGCACAAGCAAGUCAAGCAGCAAGUGGCCGACCUCACGGCCCAGCUCCAGGAGCUCAGCAGGAGGGCCGUCUGUGCUUCCACCCCAGGUGGACCCUCGCCUGGAGCCCCAGGGGGGCCCUUUCCUGCAUCCGUGUCGGGGGCUGUCCUUCCUCCUCCACCACCACCCCUCCCCCCAGGGGGCCCACCGCCUCCCCCAGGACCCCCUCCUCUAGGAGGGAUCCUGCCACCUCCUGGGGCGCCUCUGGGUCUGGCACUGAAGAAGAAGAACAUUCCUCAGCCCGCGAAUGCCCUGAAAUCCUUCAACUGGUCUAAGUUGCCAGAGAACAAAUUGGAAGGAACCGUUUGGACUGAAAUCGAUGAUACGAAAGUCUUUAAAAUUCUAGAUCUGGAAGACCUGGAAAGAACGUUCUCUGCCUACCAAAGACAGCAGGAUUUCUUUGUGAACAGUAACUCCAAGCAGAAAGAAGCAGAUGCCAUUGAUGACACACUGAGUUCGAAAUUUAAAGUCAAGGAGCUGUCGGUGAUUGAUGGUCGCAGAGCCCAGAACUGCAACAUCCUUCUCUCGAGGUUAAAACUCUCCAAUGAUGAGAUCAAACGGGCAAUUCUAACCAUGGAUGAGCAGGAAGAUCUCCCCAAGGACAUGUUGGAACAGCUCUUGAAAUUUGUUCCUGAGAAGAGCGACGUUGACCUGCUGGAGGAGCACAAGCACGAACUGGAUCGGAUGGCCAAGGCUGACAGAUUCCUCUUUGAGAUGAGCCGAAUCAACCAUUAUCAGCAAAGAUUGCAGUCGCUAUACUUCAAAAAGAAGUUUGCAGAGCGCGUGGCAGAAGUCAAGCCUAAAGUGGAAGCCAUUCGAUGUGGCUCUGAAGAGGUCUUCAGGAGCAGUGCCCUGAGGCAGUUGCUCGAAGUGGUUUUGGCUUUUGGAAAUUAUAUGAAUAAAGGUCAAAGAGGCAAUGCAUAUGGAUUCAAGAUUUCCAGCCUAAACAAGAUCGCUGAUACAAAGUCCAGUAUUGACAAGAACAUUACCCUUUUGCACUAUCUCAUCACUAUUGUGGAAAAGAAAUACCCCAAGGUUCUCAACCUUCAUGAAGAAUUGAGGGAUAUCCCUGAAGCAGCAAAAGUGAACAUGACUGAGCUGGACAAAGAAAUAAGUACUUUGAGAAGCGGCUUGAAAGCAGUGGAGACAGAGCUGGAAUAUCAGAAAUCGCAGCCUCUGCAGCCCGGAGACAAGUUCGUGUCUGUGGUCAGCCAGUUCAUCACAGUAGCCAGCUUCAGCUUCUCGGAUGUUGAAGAUCUUCUAGCAGAAGCGAAAGAUUUGUUUACAAAGGCAGUGAAGCACUUUGGAGAAGAGGCUGGCAAAGUGCAGCCCGAUGAGUUCUUCGGCAUUUUUGAUCAGUUUCUUCAAGCAGUGGCAGAAGCCAAACAAGAGAAUGAGAACAUGCGGAAGAGGAAGGAGGAGGAGGAGCGCCGAGCACGCCUGGAGGCUCAGCUCAAAGAGCAGCGGGAACGGGAGCGCAAAACGAGGAAAGCAAAGGAGAGCAGCGAAGAGGGUGGCGAGUUCGAUGACCUUGUGUCAGCUCUACGCUCAGGAGAAGUCUUUGACAAAGACCUCUCUAAACUGAAACGGAAUCGGAAGCGCAUUACCAACCAGAUGACAGACAGCAGCCGGGAGAGACCUGUCACAAAGCUGAACUUCUAAUUUUCCUUGAACACUUUUUUAGAAAGCUCACUAGCAGCCCUUUGAAUUGACUAGAAUGUUUCAUUACACUGCCUUGAAAUCCAAACAGUGGCAAUUCCUUCUUCUGCGUGUGUGCGUGCGUGUGCACGUGUGUGCACACCUUGUAUAUAAAAGUCUGAGUGUCGUCUGGAGGCCUUUGUGUGUUUUAAUAAGGAAAACUAUGUUAAUGUAUGUGCUCAGAAUUGAGUGUGACUCCUUUUCCUUCCCUGAACACCAUUGACUGUUCAGAAGCACAACACUGUCUCCUGAAAGAGAUGACAGAGACAUUUCCUAGAGAAAAUAAAAAACAAACGCAAAAAAGAAAGAAAGAAAGAAAGAAAGAAGGCGCACAAAAGGCUUGUGAGCUGUCUCGUGGUUUUCAAGCUUGGCAGACUUCGAAGUUAUUUUCAUUGGUGGAACUGCUGUUGGAAAAAUAGAGUUAAAAAUGGCUUCUGAUUGUUGACAAGGUCAUGCUGGGGUCUCGCAUGGGUCACGACAGGACCAGGUAGGACUAUGUGAUGGUGGUGUGGGGAUACAGUCUGUACAUGUAGAUUAAGAAUACCUUAAUCUGCCAUCUGAAUUACGUAGAGUGUCAGUCAAGACUGUUUAUAGAUCUAAAACUUGAACGUCAUCCCUUCCCCUCCCACCUCCUACCCCCAUCCUCCUUCCCUAGGCUCAUGUAGUUCUCUGCCAAAGGGCUUUGGAUUUCCUUACACUGCUUUUGGAAAGAACCUCGUUCUCAAUACAGCCCAUGCUCCUGUGAAGAGAACAAGAUUGCUAGAAUGGGCUGUCGUUCUCUCAAUAUAGAAGCAUCAACUUUAAAAAACAAGACUUAACAGGAAGAAUCCCCUGAAAGGAUGAUGAUUAUAAAAAGGUGGGGGUUGGUUCUCCCCUUUAAAUGGGGGUGCUUCUUCAUUCUCUAUUGGGGGUGGGUGUGCGGGGUGGUUCCUCUUUUCUGUUCCGGAGCACAAACUGCAUCUUCUGUAAGUAAAUCCAUGCCUGGGAAAGGGCGCGUUGUGAGUGCGUGCGUGCCGAGCCCCCGGCAGCCACCACGAUGCUGACAUCGACUGUCUGUCUGUACAUGUGAACUGGUUUGCUGUUUACAUGUGGUCAUUUGAAAUUGUGUGUCGGUAAAGCUACCUGUAAUAUUUCAGUCCAAAAAAAAAGUUCUCAGGGAGAAGUGAAUAAAAACAGUAGACAUUAGAAAAUAAGACAGAUGCUUACCAUUAACCUACAAACGCUUAAUACCCUUAAGUUAUAAGGUCUAUAAAGAGGACCGUUCCUUUCUUUUGGCUUGGCUUGGUUUUUAUUUAUUUGUAGUCAUUGGGGCAGGGGGGGGAUUCUCUCUUCUUUCUGUCCAUCCUGUUGUAUAUGGUUGGGUUUCCUGUGGAAAGAGUAGUUUGUCCUGUUGCACUAGAACAUUAUUUACUCACGCAAUUGGGUCUUUCAGUCAGUUAAGAAAUAUUUAUUGAACACCUACUAUGUGCCGGUCAUAGUCAGGCUACAAUAGUAGACAAGACAGAGUCCCUGCCCCCACGGAGCGUAGGUUCCAGCAGGGACCCUGAGGGAUGACUAGAACACCAAUGUGCUCGCUGUACAGGAGUCAUGCUAUUUAUAAGUAAUAUGUAUAAACUAUAAUGCUUAGCACAGACGGCUUGGUAGCUGUGCUAUUCGAAAGCUGUGAAAUAACGCUCUAAGAGUUGCCAAGAGCUGUGGUUCUACACCCCCCACCCCCACCCCUUGCAAACUUAGCGACUUUCUCACAUUCUGUCAAAGUAAAAAGACUCUAGCGAAUAAAACUGUAGGGUAGAGGCCAAGCGCUCCAACUGCUAUUUUUUCCAAGGUCUGCAAACACACUCUGUUACCGGGACAGGCUUUGCUCAAAAAGGCUUGGAGACGAGAUGGAGUGGGAUAUAUGGAAGGUUUCGUCUAUUCCUUAACUUAAAGUGCCUCUUUUUUUUUUUUUCUAUUUAUAGCAGGAAAAAAUUGGUCGGGCUCCAUUUGAGAAGUGUAUUUGGGGAAUGACUUUGUUUUACAAUCUUAGGAAUGGUCAAGUGGAGGGAGAGUCACACACAAAAAGGAGCAAGUUUGUUAAGCACGUCCCUCUUGCCCUUGUUCGUUGUCCUCAGUUUGACACGGCCAUCCUGGCCGGCCUCCUUUGCCACUUCCAUUUUGGUUGUUCCCCCCCCCCACCUAAAGGCUGUGUGCAGGUGAUUCCAUGUGCCAUUGUAGAAGAAAACAAAACAAAGAAUCCUACUUUUUAGAUCGGUGCUGGUGUAAGUAGCCACUUUUCUCUCUUGGGUGUAUAUUUUAAAGUUUUCAUUUGUUUUUUAAAUUAAUGCCAAAAAGCAACAGCACUAUAAUUUGUAUCUUAAUGAUAUGUCUUGUAUCUUAGCUUAGUCGUUGGAUCCACUUAGUCUUCGGGCGCAAGACCUGUCGUUACAGUUCCAAGAAGAAAAGAUGUUGUAUGUGUUAUGAGACUGUACAUUUUUUAAUAGCAAUAUGCAAUAAAGAGUUGAAUUCA